CCUUUCAGAUGAUUUGAUGCUGCAGUAUCAAAUUAAUACGAAAAACGUGUACUUAAAAAACAAUUCCAUUACGUGUCCGCUUAACAAUCUCAGUCAGAGUUUGCUAAUUGAAAUAGCUUAUCAAUAUUUACCGCCGUCGGGCUUACCCAUUCAAAUUCCAAGAGUCAUUCACAAAGUAGACUGGUACAGUAGCAGUUUAAAUUCUGAAAAGUCACUGCCAAACGAUAUCACUCUAAACGAGUACGAACAAGCAUUUUCAUACAUACGUUGGUAUCAAUUAGAAGAAAGUAUCAUUACGUACAAUGUAUCUCCGUACACUUUAAGCCGCGAAGUGCAAGACUUCAUCGACGAUGAUAAAUCUGAUACAGAUUAUUAAUCGAUGAGA